UUGCAUCUGCACUCACUGCAGUGAAAAGUGACGUGUGACGAAAGAAACCAUCCUUAAACAACAUCUACUGACGACCCUUCGCGGGCCGCAAACCCUUUCAUCCGGACACACCUUUAUACUGCAAGAACAUGGGCGCAUACCUUUCGGAACCGGUCACGACGAAGGAGUCGAGCGAUGAAUCGAACGACUUUCUCGUUUCCGGUUCCAGCUCCAUGCAGGGUUGGCGCAUCAGUCAGGAAGACGCACACAAUUGCAUACUCAACUUCGACAAAAACAUUUCGUUCUUCGCGGUGUACGAUGGGCACGGUGGAGCGGAAGUGGCUCAGUAUUGCAGCCUUCAUCUGCCGAGCUUUCUGCGUACGGUGGCCGCAUACGGGGAGAAAAAUUUUGAACAAGCGCUAAAAGAUGCGUUCAUCGGGUUUGAUGCAACGCUGCUCAAGGAGAACGUGAUCCAGGAGCUAAAAGUGUUGUCGGAGAAGACGAAUGGCAACGAGGAAGCAGAGGAGGACGACGAGGAAGAGGACGAGUACGAUAACGUGGAUGAUUUGCGUGAAGAAGCGCGCAUGCCACUGGACGAGGUUCUUCAGAAGUACCGGAAGGAAAUAAAGGCCAGCAAUUCGGCGGCAGCAGCUGCCGCCGAAGCUACGAGGUCCCGCCUGAUACAGGCGAUGAAAGAGGGCGACUCUUCGAAACCCAUCUCACCGCUGCUCAAAGGUAAGCGGCGAGAAGUGAGCAGUGAACGGGACGGCGAAAUGGCUGGCGGUUCGGGAGCGAAAAUGCCGUGUAAUGCUGUGGACAUCGGAUCCGCCGAGGCAGCACCGGCAGCGACUGGGAGCAAGAUUGUCGAUGGUGGUGGUAGUGGUGGUGGCGGUCGUAGUGGUAGUGGAGAUACGGCCGCCGAUUCCACGGUCAGCAGUUCUAGCAAUAAUAAGACCGGGGAGGGACUGGACGGGCGAGCCAUGGCAGAGCAAGAACCAUCCUCGUCCUCCUCGUCGGCCAGUGGAGCAGCAACGGUGGCUGCAAAGGAGGGGGACCAAAGCGACGAAAUCAGUGACACGGCUGGCGUAGUGCUGGCUACUUCGGCCCCAGUGCAACCGGAAGUAGCAAGCGUCUCUAAGGAGAACUGUGCUCCGGACAGUUCUUCGUCGGAUCGCAGCAAACAGCAGGCGGUCAAGCUGAAUGGAGACAUAGGAAAGGCCACCGCUUCGUCUGCCGCAGCCGUAUCAUCGUCCUCAUCGGGUGCUGCCGGCCAGGAAAAUGGUGUCGUUUCGAGUGACUGUGACAGUGGGGCAGCGAAUGGCUCCAAGCUCGCCCAGCCCUCUUCCAUCGCUAACGUGCACAGCAGCGGCGCCACCAAAGCCGCCAGUGGCAGCGGUGCCAGUGAAGCUGGCAAUAGGGCAGUUUCGAAGAACGGGCCAAGUGGGACCAAAGCUCCAAACGAUGACGAUGACGACACGGAAGAGGACGAUGACAGCGAUUCCGACGUUGUGGAACCCAUCGAAACAUCCAGCACGGAGGACGGCGAAGAAGAACCCUAUGGUGAGGAAGGCUGCGACGAAGAAGAGGAAGACGAAGAUGGUGAAGAGGAAGCCGAAUACGAGGAGGAGGAAGAUUACAUGAACGAGGAGGACGCCGCAUUCAUGAAGAACAUUACGGACGAACCUGGAAAGGAUAGUGGCUGUACGGCCGUCGUAGCACUCCUGCACGAAAAGGAGCUCUACGUAGCUAACGCAGGAGAUUCGCGAUGCGUUGUUUGCCGGAAUGGCAAGGCACUUGAAAUGAGUUUUGAUCACAAACCCGAAGAUACUAUCGAGUUUACGCGGAUAGAGAAGGCGGGGGGUCGUGUCACGCUCGAUGGACGUGUCAAUGGAGGAUUGAACCUGUCUCGCGCGAUCGGUGACCAUGGCUACAAGAUGAAUGGUUCAUUGCCGCCAGAAAAGCAAAUGAUCUCGGCCCUACCGGACAUUCAGAAAAUUACAGUCGGACCGGAAGAUGAUUUCAUGGUGUUGGCGUGUGACGGUAUCUGGAACUUUAUGACCAGCGACGAGGUGGUACAAUUUGUCCAGGAGCGCAUCAAUAAACCGGGCACUGCACUGUCCAAGAUCUGCGAAGAGCUUUUCGAUAACUGCUUAGCGCACGACACCAAAGGAGAUGGAACCGGUUGUGACAACAUGACGGCCAUCAUCGUCCAGUUCAAGCCCAAUUUCACCGAUUCAGCAUCUCGGAAACGAACUGCUGCCGAGUCUGUGGAUGCGUCGGAAAAUAUCGCCGUAUCAUCUGGAUCGAAAAAGAUCAAAACCGACACAGCGACGUCCGCGGCCAGCACAAGCAGCACUGGCGAUGGGACAGCUUCAUCCACCACUGAAGGAGCUUCCGACGGGGCAACCGCAGCCAGCAAUGGUGGUUUAAUGGCAGUUGAAACGAGCGAAGAAACGGAAGCAGCGGCAGCUGUUGCCUCGAUUGCGGCCACAUCGAUGGACACUUCUCCACCAACAACCGCUGCUGCGUCAUCCGAGGCAGCAUCUUCUUCGACGUGAAGCGGCUUCUGGCCUUCGACGUCUGCUUAAUUUUUGCGACAGUCAUUCUCUGGACAUCAGACCGAUACGGUGACCGGCAAUCGCGCCGGCGUGUGAGUUUCAAUGUUCCGGGAUGAGAUAAAAUGAAGUAUAGUUUUAGAAUUCGGUAUUCUGUUGAGUCUCUCCAUCAGGUCUCUCUCAUCGAGGAAGUUAGUUCAUCAGUUCAUCUCGUUUAGAUUCUGUUCUUUUCCAUCUCCCAUUUCCUUAAAAAGUAGGAAAGGUAAUAUGGGGCAAACCUGAUCGCACCAGGCACAUCCAGAAAGCCUCUUCUGCUGGUUGGCCCAGCAACCAAGGAGGCAAUAGUGUGAAUGUUUGCCGGUUUGGUCAUUUUCCUCGAGCGCUCAUAUUCAGUAUUGCGUUAGUGUGGUCAACGAAUUGAAGGUCUGCAUACAUAUUCCGCGGAGUAUCGCAGUUACGAAGCUCGAGUAUUACCACGCGAGACUAAGAAUUGUUUUUGUCGUUGCGAUACAAAUUGCCAACGAAAGUUUUGUCCGCAGAAGGCUGAGCGCUGUUCCAAUAUGUUUCAUAGAGCACUGUCGAUGUCAGAAAACGAGAAUAAUUUAUAAUUGAAUGCGGUAAAAGCCCUGGUAGUGAAGGUAACAAAAAUGUAAUAUGUAGUGAUGUGUUUUAGAGAUCAAUGGAUGUUAAACUGAGAACGCUUUCCAGCUCUGCAAAGAGUUUAACAGAAAAGCGAACAAAUCACACAAUGGAAAAAUUCUUGACUAAAACUAUGCCUCAAACUCAAUGAACUAUGAACAAACUUCAAUGAACUAUGAAGGUAUAGAAUUAAAAAAAAAUUUGUUCAAUUGUACAUACUUUGUCAAUGUGGAAAUGGUAAAUUGAGCAAAAAGAUGAGAGGCAAAAUAAACAAAGAUCCUUCGAGGAGGAUUUCGUGACUCCUUGUUAACAAACAGUUGUCCGAAUUUAUUCAAACAGUACGAUAAAAAGAAGUUACGUUAAAAUCCAUCAGAACUAAUCAAACAUUGGCAUUGUCGGGGAGAGAGUGACUAGGUGUAGGGUUAAAAAGAAAACAAUCACGCAACAGUUCGCCUCUGGUGUGCGUGAGGUAAGAUGCAACAGAACA